GGCAACUCGUUGGCUCUGGCCGCGCAUGCGCAGAGCCUUCUCUCUCCGCGCUUCCCGCGCCCCCGCCCCUCUCUGUCUUCUCUGCCCCGGGAGCAGCUCUCCUGCCUUGGCCCCUCACCCCUGAAAAUGUAUGCCUGCUCCAAGUUCAUCUCUACUCGCUCCUUGAUCAGGAGCACCUCUCAGCUGCUGAGUCGCCCGCUGUCUGCAGUGCAGUUGAACCGACCACAGACGUGGACAGAUGAGGGCCCCAGCAGCUUGGCAGUCCCUCGCCCUCUGACCUCAGUCAUCCCUAGCCGCAGCUUCCAAACCAGCGUCAUUUCCCGGGACAUCGACACAGCCGCCAAGUUCAUUGGGGCUGGGGCCGCCACAGUUGGGGUGGCUGGGUCGGGGGCUGGCAUUGGGACUGUUUUUGGGAGCCUCAUCAUUGGGUAUGCCAGGAACCCUUCUCUGAAGCAACAGCUCUUCUCCUACGCGAUUCUGGGCUUUGCCCUCUCAGAGGCCAUGGGGCUCUUCUGCCUAAUGGUGGCCUUUCUCAUCCUCUUCGCCAUGUGAAGCAGCUGUCUCCACUUCCACCUCCCAUAGCUCUUUCAUGUCCCGUCUGCCCUGUGUGUUCCUUUUCCUGUACCUCCCCAGGAAGUCUGGGGAAAGUGCUUGGCUCAGGGUUUGACAGAGAGAAGACAAAUAAAUACUAUAUUAAUAAGAUG